GCUGAUGGCAUCCACAAAGGCCAGAACAAGGGCGACGACGCGAGCGGCGCGUGGUGCCCGCAGAACUCCUAUGGCAUCAAGGCCGAGGUGCUGGAGAACUUCGUCCGCAGCUGUGCAGGCUACUGUGUCAUCACCUACAUCCUCGGUAUUGGAGACCGUCACCUCGACAAUCUUAUGGUCACCAAGGACGGCAAACUCUUCCACAUUGACUUCGGAUUUAUCUUGG